AUGGCAUUUCUAAAGAUUCAAAAUAUCAAAUGGAAAUACGCUAAAGUUACCACAGAGGUGCACAACGAAAAAUGUAACGAUGAAGAAAAAAAUCCAAUCGAGCUUGAAAUAAUUGAAAACGAAGAAGAUAACGUACCAUUAUUACAGAGUACCGAUAAUGAGACGAGCUGUACGGAUUUAAAAACGCUGAGACGAAUUCCUGACGAUAUUCCACCUGCAACGUGGUACAUAGUAUUAUGCGAAUUAUGUGAAAGAUUUACAUAUUACGGAGUUUCUGGUCCAUUUCAAAACUAUAUUCAAUUCCCAGCGCCAAAGAGUCCUGGAGAGCAAUCAGGAGCAAUUGGAAAGGGACAACGAACAGCCACCGCCCUAUCGCUAUUUUUCAGUUCCUUUUCCUAUGUCACCCCAAUAGUUGGAGCAAUAAUAGCGGAUCAAUACCUUGGAAAAUACAAAACUAUCUUGUAUUUCAGCGUGAUCUAUAUAACUGGUCUAUCGAUAUUGACAAUAACAGCCACUCCAGCAGCGACCUCAAUUGGCGCAUCCUUACCAGGACUCGUGUUUGCAAUGAUAAUCAUUGGACUUGGCGCAGGCGGAAUCAAAACAAACGUUUCAGUAAUGGUCGCCGAACAAUAUACAAAAAAGAAGCCAUUUAUUCGAACAUUGAAAAGCGGCGAGAAAGUGAUUGUUGAUCCAACAUUAACCAUUCAAUCGAUCUUCGCUUGGUUUUACGUGGCUAUCAACGUGGGAGCUAUCUCGCCAAUUGUUACUACAACAGCGGAAAAAUAUCAUUCUUUUUGGUUGGCUUACCUGAUCCCAAUGAUUAUCUGUUUGAUCUCAGUGAUCAUAUUUUACCUUGGUCGUAAUAAAUAUGUGCACACACAACCAUCACCAAAUGGAUCAGUUAUCCUCAAUGCGAUCAAAGUACUUCGAAUUACUCUGAAAAAUAAACGAGACUUUGAAAAAGCAAAACCAUCACAAAUGAUUCAAGAUGAGCGAGAGAAAAAUGAGGUUUCGUGGGAUGAUCAAUUUGUCGAUGAAUUACGUUCAGCUAUCAAGGCAUGUCGUGUGUUUACCUUCUAUCCACUCUAUUCUGCCGCCUUCCAUCAAUUAUACGCCAAUUUAGUAUCUCAAGCGGCGACAAUGCGACCUGGGAUUCUUCCCAAUGAUAUCAUGAGCAGCAUUGAUCCAAUAUCUUUUAUUAUUAUCACUCCGUUGAUUGAUAAAUAUUUUUAUCCUUUUCUGCGGGGAUAUGGAAUUUCAAUGGGAUCAAUUACGCGAAUUUUUAUUGGGCUGAUGUUUGCGUCGACCGCAAUGAUGUUUAGUGCAGUGAUUCAAUGGUCGAUUUAUAAUACGGGACCAUGUUAUCGAAAUACACAUUGUUUAGUUGAUGGUAAAGCUACUUAUAAUGAUAUCAGUAUUUGGUGGCAAGCUCCAAUUUAUAUCAUGUUGGCAAUUUGUGGUGGAGCAGCAAUUGGAUUAUUGAUCGUCCCAUUGGCUCAUGACCCAUAUAAUGUAUACGUGUAUGUGAUUCUCUCGUUGACCACUUUUACCGCGGCAUCGCUGAUGUUUAUCUUGUAUCGAAAAUAUGAUGAUGAUGAAUGA